GUGGGAGCGCUCUCUAUUGCCAGAUAGCGGUGCUCGCGGGGACGGGGCGUCAGCCAGGAGGCAGAACCGGCUAGUGAGUGGGUGUGAGCCCGAAGUGAAGCCCUCGCCAUGCGUGAGAUCGUACACAUCCAGGCGGGCCAAUGCGGGAACCAGAUCGGAGCGAAGUUCUGGGAAGUCAUCAGCGAUGAGCACGGCAUUGACCCCACCGGCAGCUACCAUGGAGACAGUGACCUGCAACUGGAGAGAAUCAACGUCUACUACAAUGAAGCAACUGGUAACAAGUAUGUUCCUCGUGCAAUCCUUGUCGAUUUGGAGCCUGGAACGAUGGACUCGGUCAGGUCUGGACCUUUUGGUCAGAUCUUUAGACCUGACAACUUCGUCUUUGGCCAGAGUGGUGCUGGGAACAACUGGGCCAAGGGGCAUUACACAGAGGGAGCUGAGCUGGUGGACUCUGUGCUGGAUGUGGUCAGGAAGGAGUCGGAGAGCUGUGACUGUUUGCAGGGUUUCCAGCUCACCCAUUCCCUGGGUGGUGGCACAGGAUCCGGGAUGGGCACGCUCCUUAUCAGCAAGAUUAGAGAGGAGUAUCCCGACAGGAUCAUGAACACCUUCAGCGUCAUGCCUUCCCCCAAGGUGUCAGACACAGUGGUGGAGCCCUACAACGCCACCCUCUCUGUUCACCAGCUGGUGGAGAACACUGAUGAAACCUACUGUAUUGACAAUGAAGCGCUCUAUGACAUCUGCUUCCGUACCCUGAAACUCACAACCCCGACCUACGGGGACCUCAACCACUUGGUCUCGGCCACCAUGAGCGGAGUGACCACCUGCCUCCGGUUCCCUGGACAACUGAAUGCCGACCUUCGCAAGCUGGCCGUUAACAUGGUGCCCUUCCCCCGCCUGCAUUUCUUCAUGCCCGGCUUCGCUCCCCUCACCAGCCGCGGCAGCCAGCAGUACCGGGCCCUGACGGUGCCAGAGCUCACCCAGCAGAUGUUUGAUUCCAAAAACAUGAUGGCAGCCUGCGACCCCCGCCACGGGCGCUAUCUGACGGUGGCGGCCAUCUUCCGGGGGAGGAUGUCUAUGAAGGAAGUGGAUGAGCAGAUGCUGAACGUCCAGAAUAAGAACAGCAGCUACUUUGUGGAAUGGAUCCCCAAUAACGUGAAGACGGCCGUCUGCGACAUUCCCCCGAGAGGCCUCAAAAUGUCUGCCACCUUCAUCGGCAACAGCACGGCCAUCCAGGAGCUGUUCAAGAGAAUCUCCGAGCAGUUCACAGCCAUGUUCCGACGCAAAGCCUUCUUGCACUGGUACACCGGCGAGGGCAUGGAUGAGAUGGAGUUCACGGAAGCAGAGAGCAACAUGAAUGACCUGGUCUCCGAAUACCAGCAGUAUCAGGACGCCACUGCGGAUGAGCAAGGGGAGUUUGAAGAGGAAGGCGAGGAGGAUGAGGCUUAGGCUUGGAGCUGGUGGAAGACAGUGAGGCCGGGGUCUGGGGUGAGGUCUGUUCAGCUGUACUCAUGCAUGCUUUUUCAAUUAUACUUGGUGCUUUUCACUGUUGCCUCUGUCAGCAGUUUUGUAACUUCACUCUUUAUGUAACAGUAGUUGCAAACAACUUCUGAAAAAGUCUUCUGUUUAAAUGUCUGGUCUCAAACAUAAAAGGCAUUUGUGUUUCA